UGUUCAGAUGAAUGGAUAUUAACGCGAGACUGAUGUGAAUUGAAGUGGAAAUCAUACAGAUGCUUAAGAAUGAAACAUGGCUCUGCUAAGGAAAAUCAACCGUGGGCUCUUCAUUCUGUUAAUCCUGGUGGCACUUUAUGUUCUGUUAAACAAGACAAGAUCACAGAUGGCCAAGUUUUCAGAGCUGAAGAAAGAUGAGAUUGAAGCAGGUGUUGAAGAUAAGCCGGACAGAGAUGUCCCUGUGCUGAUCUGUGCAUCAGAGGAGCGCAUCGGCGCUUCCAUGGCAACCAUCAACAGCGUCUUCAGCAACACUCAGGCUAACGUUUUUUUCUACAUAGUUACUCUGCGAGAUGCCAUCAGAAACAUAAGGGAAUACAUUGAUAAUACCAAACUAAGAAAAAUCAAGUACAGGAUCCUGGAGUUUAACCCGAUGGUGUUGAAAGGGAAAGUGAAUCCGGACUCAUCCAGACCAGAACUGCUGCACCCUCUGAACUUUGUGAGGUUCUACCUGCCGCUUCUUGACAUUGAAAAUCACGAGCGCAUUGUUUACCUGGAUGAUGAUGUCAUAGUGCAAGGAGAUAUACAGGAACUGUACCACAUCAAACUAAAAGCCGGGCACGCAGCAGCAUUCGCAUCAGACUGCGACCUGCCCCAAACUCACGAGAUGGUGCGCAGCGUGGGGAUGCAGGUGUAUAUUUUUGUGUGCGUGUUAUAUAUUUAUGCAUGCAUAUCACAUGGAGUCUCAAUGUAUCCAUCUUUUGAACGGCUCCAACAGACAACCUACAUGGGCUUCCUGGAUUACCGCAAAGAGGCAGUCAGAGAGCUGGGCAUCAACCCCAGCGAGUGCACAUUUAACCCUGGGGUUUUUGUGGCAGAUGUUGCAGAAUGGAAAAAGCAAGAAAUAACUAAACAGUUAGAGAUCUGGAUGACUAGGAACUUCAGGGAAAAGCUGUACAGCAGUGCUGUGGCAGGGGGCGUGGCCAGCCCUGCGAUGCUCAUCGUCUUUCAUAAUAGAUACACAACCAUUGAUCCACUGUGGCAUGUCAGACACUUGGGCUGGAGUCCUGAUGCUCAGUAUCCAGAGUCUGUUCUCCAAGAGGCACAACUACUGCACUGGAACGGCAAUUUCAAACCAUGGGAGUACCCAUGUGUCCAUUUGGAGCGUUGGGAGAAAUGGUUUAUUCCAGACCCCACAGGAAGGUUCUCCCCGAUACGACCAUAACAGACUGAAUGAUCCUUAAAUUUAAUCUUAAAGGAACUUUCAUUUUUUAUGGUGCUUGAUGGAAAUGUUGGACAAUGUUUUCAGUUUUGCAGCAAUGAAAUCC